AUGAGCCUGCGGGUGUCAGAGCUGCAGGUUCUUCUGGGCUACGCAGGCAGAAACAAACAUGGACGAAAGCACGAGCUCCUGACCAAAGCCUUAUACCUCCUUAAAGCCGGCUGCAGCCCUGCCGUCCAGAUGAAGAUCAAGGAGCUCUACAGACGACGCUUUCCCACCAAGCUGGUGUCCCCAGCAGAGCUGGCCCUGCCCGGAGUCCACCCCGUCACUGCCUCUUUGCCCCCUGGCCUCACGCAGUUGGGAUUUGAUGGGCACAGAGCGCCCCCAUCCCCUCUGCUCCCCAUCUCCCUUCUCAGGCCCAAACAUGAGCUGGGACUGCCCCACCUCCCCACGAGCCUGCACCCCGUACACCCUGAUG